GAGAGAGAGAGAGAGAGAGAGAGAGAGAGAGAGAGAGAGAGAGAGAAAUAGAUGAAAGUAUAAAUUGUCAGUUAAGAGAAACAAGAGUUAGUUUGAAACCUAAGAUUUUCUUUAAAAGUAAUUCUGUACCGUGGAAGUUUUGAACAUAUUAAGAUAUAUAUAAAAACAAAAACUACAAGCUACAGCCAGCUACAAGAAGCAAAAAUGAACCAACAUCGAGUGAGCUACGUCUUUUUCUUCUUCGCAAUCGCCAUUACCGUUGUGGCUGAGGAAUCUGGAACAGUGAGUAUCAAGGAUCUUAGAGUCACACUGACAUGUCCGUUUAAUGAGGAGGUUAACCAAGAAAACCAAGAAAACCAAGUAUUCGAAUGGAAUUUCAACUAUAAAAAAGAAACCACAGAAAAAAAAAAGGAUUAUGACAUAAAUGGUUACAGUGACAAAAAUAAUGGAUUAUACUCCUGCAAUGUUAAAGGCAAUAAAAACCUUCAUUACUUCUUCAUCAAAGCUAAAGUGUGCGAUGGGUGUGUUGAUCUGGACAUGAAUUUGGCCUUGUUGGUGGUAUUUGCAGACGUGCUGUUCACACUCCUGGUCGUGUUCAUUGUUUAUUACUGCACUAAGAAGAGCGCUGGAACUGCUGGCCCUCAGAGACCAACACAAGCGCGUCCAGUACGAGGUCAGGCAAGAGGACCUCCACCUCCUGACCCUGACUAUCAGCCUCUGAACCAGGCCACACGUUCAGGCGAUGUUUACGCUACGGCACAUCGGCGAUAAUGGACCUACAGUCAGCAGACUAUAUUUACAAUCCUCAUUUCUUUCUUUAAUCUGUAGAAAUUCUCACUUAAAGGAAAACAUUUAAUAAAUCAAACAUUUCUAUCAAUAUGGAGAAAUAAGUCCAAGCCAGACACGUAAACACACAUGUUCUGAUAUAAAUUAUAUUUAUAUAACGAGGUAAGAAGAAAUUAAGUACAUUUUCAUUUUAAAACUGAAAUCACCACAAACAUGCAUUUAAAUAUAUGAAUAAUUCAAAUCAAAUAUUUAAUCACUUCUGUUAGAAAUAUUUUUAGAAAUAUUAGAUUUUGCAAGUUUACCAAAAACAUUCAGCAAGAAUGUAUGUUUCUUUCCCCGCAUCCUUGAAGUAGCUUUAGAUUUCUUCUUAUUUCUGACACUUUAAUUGGAAAUGUUUAAUAUAUUGCAAGUUAAGGAUCUGAGUCGAUGUCAUUAUUUUCUGGCUUUGUUACAUACGUUCUUAUAAAAAACGUACCCACGCUUUUCAGGUCAGUUUUGUGUGCUUCGUUUCAUGGAUCUAGAAGAUGUAGUGUGGCUUCAUGACUAAAAAAGCUUGUAAUUCUUUGAGUUUAAAAACCAUUUGUUGUAGAUUAUGACGCUUGUAUAAUAUUUAGGAUGACAGACUGUACAGUCCUUCUGUUUGUCAGUUUUUCCGUUUUUAUUUUUAAUCAGUGAAUUUCAUUUUCGUGUAACUGUGAGGUCAUAACAAUGACGAUCACGCCACAGGAUGUCAGAUUAAUUUCCCAGCCUUAUGAUGAACCCUAGCUUUAUAGAAAACUUCGUAGAAAUACUUUUAAACAGUCUAGUAUUUAUUUCCAUGCCUUGUUUUGUUUUCUGCACAUAUUCUCACAAAGUCUCCAUUGUGCUAGGGAUUAUUAUUGGCUUCGAGGUUUUUUUAAUCAUUACAACGUUCUUGUGAUAAAGCUACUAGAACAUUCUUUCAAGUAAUAACCAGAUGCAUAGCAAUAUGGUAUUUCAUUUCUGUGUGUAAAUACGUACAAACUGUCUCUACAUUCAUGUUUAUUUUUAUUAAAAUGAAAAGACGUUUCGAUGAUUUAGUUGAUUUGAGGAACCGCACUGUAUUUACAAGAAAUGACCUGGAAAUAUCAGUGUGACUGAUUCUGUGGGAUGUUAGGUUUCUGUUAUAGGACUUGUUUUUAAACACAUCACUGUUCCGAACCAAUCAGAUGGGCUGACUCAUGGAGAUAUCAACUCUUUUUCCCACUCAUAUAUGUGCAUGCUUUUCUAUAUCAUACUUUUGUUUUGAGUGUCUUAAAUGAUGUUUUUGUUAUGAAUUUGUAAAAUAAAGUUGCAUCUGCAGUUAAACA